AAAGACAAAGUGCUAAAUUCUGGAUUGUCCUGUUGGCCUUCUGGACCGUAGGAAAACCAAGACUGUGAGAGAACCAAGCCGAACCACAUCAGUUCAACUGGGAAUCAGAAGCAGAAGGUCUCUGCAGGCUUUUGUAAACCAUCAUCGUCAGACUGCUGCACAGCCAUGAGGCUCUUCAACCUGUUAUACCUGCUGCUGCUGCUGGUUGCCGCUGUAGCACCGAUCUUCUCUGCAAAGCCGGAUUUCCUGAACCUAAGAAGAAAGUACCACAGACACUACUGCCUGCAGAGACGCUGCAUGCCGCUGCACUCCAGAGUACCCAUCCCCUAAGGUUGAAGCAGAAGCAUGAGCAUGACCCAAGAAGUGAAACAAUGGAGCCAGAUGCAGCAUGUGGCACGAAUUCACAGAUGGAUCCCAAAAACUAAACACAGACUGAGCUGCAAAAAAUUAUUGGCCACCAGGGGGGAGAAGAAGAAGAAGGGAGGGGGAAGUCUCAUGUUUGUUGAGCAGCAUCUACAGAGCUUCAAAAUUGGCGUGUGCAGAACUGACUCAUUCUUAAAGAUGAAAAAGUGAAAAUCCUGAAAUGCUGUUGCAGGCUGUGUCCAGGUGUGAACUUUUCCAUGCCAGAAACGGGGUGAAGCGAAGCUGCAGCAUCAUCUGUUCUUACUCGAUUUUAUUUAAAAGCUACAGACCAAAGAGUAAAAAAACGUGCAGCUACUGAACAGCAUCCAUGUUAUCCAGCAAAGUGUUGAUAAUCCAUAUAGGCACUUCAAAAACCUGUUGAAUUUCAGUUUAAACUUAAAAAAAAAUGUAUAUUGUAUAUUGUUUCAGGUUUUGAUGUUACAGCAUUGUAGCUCAAUAAAAUGAUGAAUGUAA